GCCCCUCAAUUACAGAAUACGUUGCUGAAUUUCACUCACAUUUCUCUCUCUCCUCUCGCAUAGCCGAAACUAGACAUGGCUUCCAAUGAAGAACAACAAACCCAAACUGAAACUGAAACUGAAACUCACACUCAAACCACAACUAUGAAAGUUGCAGAAGAAGAAGAUGACCCACCAACUCUAAGUCCCUACGCUUUAGAAGCUCUCCAACAAUUCCUGUCUUCACAAUCAAAACGAGAAGAUGAACAAAAACAACAACAAGAAGAAAAUGAUGGUGCGAUGCCAUUGCUACCAGAAGAUUGGCGUAUGAGCCAGUUUUGGUAUUCCCCUGAAACCGCCAUUAGUGUUGCUCAAGAAGUUUUCUCUCUCCUCUCUCACUUCCCUCACUCCGAUGUUCCCCCUUCCGUCGCUUGCGUUUCUUGCCCCACUCUCUUCCUCUAUCUUAAGAAAUUGUAUCCAACCAUGUCUAUGCAGCUUCUCGAAUAUGACAGACGUUUUGAUCAGUAUGGAAGUGAUUUUACUUUCUAUGACUACAACGUGCCAGAAGAUUUGCCCGAACCAAUGAAGCAUGGUUACCAGAUUGUAGUUGCAGAUCCUCCCUAUUUGAGUGAGGAAUGCUUGAAGAAAGUUGCUCAAACAAUAAAGUUUCUUGCUCAACCUGGAAAAGUUUUCUUGCUCUUGCUCACUGGAGAAGUACAAAAGGAUAGGGCUGCUAAGCUCUUGGGACUGCAGCCGUGUGGUUUCCGGCCAGAGCAUUCUAGCAAACUUGGGAAUGAGUUCCGACUUUAUACCAACUAUAAUCCUGGUGAAAGGCAUUUGAUGCCUUUAUGUAAGUCGCAACACGGGAGUCCAAUGGUCACACAAUGUCCAAGGAGUAUCCGGAAGAUUGCACGAGCGAUUCGGUCGGAUUGCAUGGAAAUGGACGAGAAAACACACUCGCCCGGUCGACCGGGCGAGCCACGAAAGUUAAGCUGACAGCACUCUCACUUCGCCCGGCCAACCGGGCAACCAAAUGGACGAAUUUGCUUACGCGCCCGACCAGGCGGUUCUACUAUUUUGUCGUAAGUUGGCAAUCACCGUCGCCCGACCGGGCGGUUUUUCGGGACGGGUUUUUUUCGCCUUUUUAGCCGGUUUUGUAAAAAGUAUAAAUAGGUUUUUAGUAUUUUCGAUUAGACUAUCUUAUUUUCUAUGUGUUUAGGGCCAAACACUUAGUUUUUUCUCUCUAGUUUUGUAUGAACUUUUACAUUUGAAGAUUAUAGAGAUCAUUGAUUUCCUUUC